AUACCCCUCUUUCGAACGCGUGCAAGGGUGUUUUCUAGAAUAAGGGCCGGUUGGAUGAGUGAGUUUUGCUCGGGACCGAGCCAACCUGGAUUUCUCCUUUAGCCGCCGCCUCCCCUCAUGACAUCAACACUGCGGAGAGCCGCGCGCGCUCAGACUCUGCUGCAGAACGCCAGUGCGCAAAGCGGAUCGUGUGCAAUUGAUGAGUGAUUGGUGAUCUAUCAGGAUGUCGCUGUACGGGUCUCAGAUUAAAGCUUUUAAGAGCGCAGAGCCCAAGACACUUGGCGCUAUUGAGAUCGUAAUUGGAGUGUUGACUGUCAUUUUGAGCUCAGUUGUGUAUAAGCUGCACUAUCAUAUCCAGCGUGAAAUCAUCAUCCUCAUCGUCAACGGUGCUCAGCUUGUCGUAACUGGUGUUCUCCUGGUGCACACUGGGAGGAAGCCAACUAAAUGCCUGGUGCUGACAACCAUUGUUCUGCAAUUACUAACAGCAGCAUUUGAUAUUGUUGGAUUUGGGCUCAUGGCCAGACACAUCCCAUUCAGAGGAGAGUCGUACUACUACAGGGACACAGAGUGGUGUUGUGACCCACUUCACUCUGUUUGGGCUUGCUGUGGAGAAGGAGAGAAAGGGGGACAUAAAGAGUUCUUAGUGAAUGGGAUCUUGGGAACACUAAUCGGUUUCCUGGUGCUAGCAUGUAUUAUCGGUUUGGUUGUGUCUCUUUUUGGAGUCUACGCACUCUCUGUUAGUGCCAUUAAGGAAAUGACACCCAUCCCUCACUCUACUGCAAACCAACAUUAUGGUGCUGGCGUUCAGGUCCAGAAUGCGAUCCAUGCUGGGAACUGACAAAAUAAGAAACAUUCAGAGCAGAAGGGUACAGUUUUAGCACAGUUUUACACCACCUACAAAAGAGGACUGUUUCACCUACAAACCACUCACAGGUAAACAACCACAACAACAGAAAAAAAAAAAGAGAAAAAAAAACUUUUGUGAUGUAAAUAAUUUUUUGGAAAUAAAAUGGAUAAAAUCUCGUUUUUUGCUUAGCUGUUGCUCUUACAGGCUGUAGGACUGCUGUAAUUUCGAAUGCUCAACUUAAAAGUUAUUCGUACCUAAUUCAUUUUUGCUCUUACAAACUUCUGAAGCUUCUUAGCAUGUAACUAAGCAAAUGUCUACCCAGAAAUCUUGACCAGAAUCCAACAAUGUUAUAGAUGUAUGUUAGGGGGGUAAGUGUUUAUCGUUCUUAGGAUACGUGAAAUUCAGCUUUAGGUACAUAAAAAAAACUACGGAAAAUGAAUUAUGGUGAAUGGGAACGGUAAGAUGGUUCUGUGAUUCUGACUUGUUUUGUAGCAUUUUGUACCACCUUUUGCAUGAAUC